AUGGCGCCUCAGGCUCGCGCUCUGCUGCAGGCUGCUCGGCUGCAGCAAGAGCACCUGCAGAUCGUUGCGGCCAAUCUCCCGGCCCACCUGCCAAGCAGCCAAGCGUCAAGCACGGCGGCAGCCGCGCCGAGCGGCUGGGCGCGGGCAGGCCAGCAAUCAGCUGCAGGCGGCGGCAACGGCCCAGGGCUUGCGGCGGCAACAGCAGCAGCCAGAGCGGCGGACGACGCAGGAGGCGGCGCAGGGGCAGCUGCGGCGGCAGGCCGCCGGCGCGACGCGACCGCCAGCGCGGCGUCGACGGCGGCGCCGCGGUGGUAUGUGACACAGGCGGAGCUCAACUCGCUGGCAUCCUACAUGCGCGGGCGGCUGACCCUGGACAAGGUCAACGCCGCCCUGGACGAGGCGGCGCUGCACGCAGAGCAGACCGCGCGCUGGAUGGCGGCAGUGCGGUCUCACGCGCUGCAGCGCGUCCCGGCGGAGGAGCGCAAGCGCGCGGCGGACAUGUACCACUCGCUGGCGGGCAAGGAGGGCAUCCGCGGCCACUUUUGGUUCACGGAGGUCGAGCUGCGCAACGGCUCGGCGCUGCGGCCCGACAAGACCGGCAAGGGCCUGCUCAUGAUGCUGCGCCACCUGGGCCGGCUGAGCGAGGUGCGGGCCAACGUGGAGGCGCUGGGCGGAUCCAUAGUGGUGUAUGUGCUGCUGCGGUCCACUGAUUGA